AUGCCAGCACAGCCUGUCGAGCAUGACUGCCUGGAAACCAUCGAAGCUGUGUAUUCCAGCCGCCCGGACCUUACAGAAGGACCGCUUGAAGACGCGGAAGACUGGUUCACUGAUGGCAACAGCUUUACGAAGCAUGGAGAGACACUGGCAGGUUAUGCAAUAACCACAACAGAACAGUACCAGCAGGACCAGCUGGUGAAGGAGGACAGUGUGGAAGCCGUUGGGGAGCAGCUGAAGGUGUAUCACCAGCAGUACCAUGACAAGAGCUGGGAGUAUGACCUGCUGUAUGAGGAGUACACACGCACUUCCCAGGAGCUUCAGAUGAAGAGGAUGGCAAUCGAGGCCUUCAAUGAGACGAUCAAGAUCUUUGAGGAGCAGUGUCAGACCCAGGAGAAGUGCAGCAAGGAGUACAUCGAGCACUUCUGGUGCGAGGGAGAAGGAGCCCCCCCUCUUUCUCCCAGGAUCCUCAUGAACUCAGAAAAGCUCAAGUCCCACAUCACAGAGAUCCAUGACAGCAAGAUGAAGCUGGAGCAGGACUUGAAGAAACAAGCGUCGGAGAACCGGGAGAUCGACAAGCGCAUGAACAGAAUCAAGCUAGACCUCAUGCAGCUGCGCGAACUGCGGGACCAGUACUUGGUGUGGCUCACGCAGAAGGGUGCCCGGCAGAAGAAGAUCAACGAGUGGCUGGGCAUCAAGAACGAGAUGGAGGACCAGUACUCCAUGACGGAUGAUGAGGAGGAGCUGCCUCACCAUGAGGAGCGAACAUGGUAGGUGGGGAAGAUCAACCGCGUGCAGGCAGAGGAGAUACUGUGUGGCAAGAGGGUCAGCACCUUCCUGAUCCGUGAGAACAGCCAGAAGGGAUGCUACGCCUGCUCCGUGGUGUGA